AUGUUGCCAGUGACAGCGGCCUGCCCUGCAUCCUGUAUGGUGUGCACACAAGAUGUAAUCCUGUGUCACCAGCUAACCUACAUAGUAGCGGCCCCCGAGACCACCAGGGUUCUGAUCCUCACGGACGGACACCUCUCCUCCAUAGAGAGCACCAACCUGACUCUCCUGGUUAACCUGGCCCUGCUCUCUCUGAGCAGAAAUGCCAUCUACAGAAUUCAGGAAGGAUCCCUGCACGGUCUCCCCAAGCUGAGGACCUUAUCACUGGGCCACAACCACAUUUCCAGCUCUUCUCUGUCCGACCACACCUUCAGCAAGCUGCGAAGCCUGCAGGUCCUGGUGCUCAGUAACAAUGCCCUCCGCAGCGUGAGGGCAACCUGGUUCCGGAACACCAAGGUCCUGACCCGACUCCUGCUGGAUGGAAAUCAGAUCACUAACCUCACGCAGAGUUCUUUUAGAGGCGCUAACCUCCCCAGACUCAGGCACCUGGACUUAUCCAACAAUUUCAUUUCCUUCAUCGAGAAGGAUGCCUUUCGGCCCCUACCCCGGCUGCAGGAGGUGGACCUUUCUAGAAACAUGCUGGCUCACAUGCCGGAUGCCUUUACUCCACUGACGCAGCUCAGCCUCCUGAGCUUGGAAGGCAAUCAGUGGAGCUGCACCUGCGACCUCUACCCGCUGGCCCGCUUUUUAAGAAAUUUCGUCAAGUCCCCGGCUCGCACACUCCUUAAUACGAAGGAGCUAAACUGUCAGGUGUCUCCCCCAGCUGUGGCCGCUGCACAGAGCAUGCUGAGGCUGUCCGAGGCCAACUGUGACUCCAAGGGUCACAACCUCACUCUGGCUCGAAAGGACAGGCGCGCCCUCCUCCCCGGGCAGGACGUGGCUCUGAUGGCUGUGCUUGGCUUCGCAGGAGCCGUUGGUCUCACGUGCGCAGGGUUAGUCAUAUUUAACUGGAAACUCCAACAAGGCAGAGCAAAUGAGCGCGCAUCCAAAAGCCUUUGUUGCAGAGCCCUCAAUGAAUCCCCGUGUGCGCAUGAAGAAAGAAAUCACUGUGCUGUGGGGUGCUGUAACUGCCACCUAACUCGGGAAAACGAGACAGAGGCCAUGUCCUCCAUGUCCUACGUGGGCUUCAGAAAGGAAAUACCACUUGGACAGGAGAACAGCCGCCAAGCAAUUCUGGCUUCCAAGCCCACAGCCCCGGAUGCAUCCUUCAGAGAGCAGAGAGGGAGAGACCAAGGUACAGACAGUGUUUAUUGUUUCAGGGGUGAUGCAUGGCUACAGGCGAGAUGCUUGGGGCCUCCUGGGAACAAGAAAGCUCUUUAUGAUGCAAGCUUAGUUACAAGAUGUCCAAAGACAGCCAAAAAGCUAAGCAACCUGAAACAUGAAGUCCAGUCUCAAAUCCCACCAGGACGCAAAACAAGAAAAACAGAUGUGAGCACACUUAGGAGCAGAUAUGUGACAUCCACCCCAGCUUUGGCAAGAGAGAGUCUUGGGAAGCAUUUAACAGACAAAUCAUGGCAGCCCCCAACAGGAAAUGGAGACAGUGCUACUCAGCCACCUGGACCAAGACUUUUCAUCAGCAGCUCAACCUCAAAGCCGUGGGAGCCAGAGAAAUGUGCCAUGGGCAGGAUCUCCCACAGACAUAGAGUGAAUGAUGAUCACCAUGGCCUCUUAAAGCAGCACAAGACUGUGGAUUUUCAACCCAACAAGUCCUUUACCUGCAAAUAUGUGUCCUGGGAUGAAUUGCAAAGUUAUGUAGAGGAGAGGAAGCCAGGUCGAAGAAAGCGCACACAAUCUGAGAAAGAGCAGAUCCAGAUUAAGAGAGCAAUAGAAAAAUUCCUCAGGAGCCAGAGGAACAGGGACAAAUCCAAGUGGUCAGCAAAAAUCAAGAAGUCAUCUUCUACAAAGAGUGUUAAAUUCCAUGAUCCUGAUUUAGUUGGGGGAAACAGCUUGGUGGUAUCAGCAGAAGCACCAGCCUCUGAGAGACAGCUAGAGAGUGAAAGCUACUGCCCGGAUUCCUUGGAUCUCAAAACCUGUACUAGUCUGGAGGAAGUCAAGGAUUCAAGAGAAUGGCUUUCAGAGCAACAGGCUCUGAAAAAGGAGAGACUCCAGCAGUCCCAUUCCAGUGAGAAAAUGAAGGGACAGAACUUAAGAAUGAAGUUGGAUCUGCACCCCUUUGGAAAAGCUAGGGUUCACCCAGAGGAUUCCCCAAAAGAACUCCCCAAGAGACAAAAACAAACAGGCUUACUUCCUAUGAAAACAGCCAGAAUUUUUGAGAGAAAAUUCAAAGCAACACCCAUGUCCUUUGUCACCUCUCAGCUGCCAGACAGCAGCAACCAGGGUAAACUCACUUUUUCAAAGGUACCACUGGAAAGUGUCCCACAGCAAACCCCUUACCAGAAAAGAAAUGGCCUCCACAGAGCUGACAGCUUGCCUGUAGGCAAUCUGGGCUCUGUGCAAAGUGGCUGCAGCCCAGCGGGCCACAUUCCAUGUGGAAGCUGGUCAACAGAGCCUCAGUCUACAGCCAGAGUUGCUGAGUACCAGUGCUUACACCCUCUCUUUGUGCCUGCACAAGUGGAAAAUGCCACCACUCAGCUACAGACAGAAGCUAUGCGUCCCUCCCCAGCCCAUUUGGGAAAUACAGAGAACAGUGUUUUACCAUCUCAACCUUUUAUGGGAGAUAUUGACCAAGCGGUAAUUGUGUCUGCUCAAUACAUGGACCAGGACAAGUUAAAGACCAAUGAGCUAAACAGUUUUAGUCUGUCCCUCGGUAACCAGGUGAUUGACACCUGCAACAGGGAUCACAGUUUAGGUGAUAACCAAGCUUUGCAGCAGGAAGAGCAAAAACUAAACCAUGAACAGCUUGAGAGAGAAGGAAAACCAUUAGUGAAUAAAUCGAAAAUGCCACAUGAAAGCGUGGGAAGUUGCAUUACGGAUGGGGAAGGAAUUGAUGGAGGAAGCGAGAUUUCUUGCACAGAGGAUUGUGAACCCCCUCCCACUGUCUGGAUGCAAUCCCAUAAUAACCUCCCAUUCAUGCUGCCACAUUCUUUCCCACACCCAAAAAGAACGGAACUUCUCAAGGAGAGCUGCUCUGCUCCCCACAGGAGCCACGCCCUUGGCCACUUACAUGGCAGCAUCGAGGGCGGAACUUACCCUAAGGGUUCAUCACUGGGAGAUAAUCACAGAGAAGCACCUGGAAUGUCAGGGGUGGGAGACCCAAAGAAAGCACUCGAAGAAAGGGAGGCGGUAAGCUGGAUGGUACAAAUGGGGGCCAGAGAUGAAAGGCAGCAGCUGUGGGAAGGUGAGGGGAAGGAGAAACUUGUGCUGUGCUAUCCCGGCUCUGACAAGGAGACAGUUUCCAAAGUCAAAACCAGCAUGCUGGGGAGUGAGGCAGACCCUCACACUCUCAACCAUCAGUCUCAUUGUGGAGACCCUGGAGGUAACCAACCAGAUGCCAGUGCACACAGGGACGAUGCUGUGGCAGGGGGCAUGCCAGGAACUUCUGACCACUCACGGGAGUUGAGUACCACUCAUUCUGAGGCAGAAAACGGGGUGCCUCUAAUUCCUAACGGAACUGCAAAGGCUGCUUGCAAACCGGCAUUGCACCCACGGUCUACUGGGGACUCUAAUCCACCACUUUCAGAAGCAGAGAGUCAGAGGCAGGAAACUGCAUAA